GGUAUUUACACAGUGAUCUGAGCAAAGCCUUUGUUUCAUCUUACUGCUAUCAGAUCCAAUCAAUGUCCGCUUCUAGUUUCUAUGGAUCAAUUUUGUGAUGAACCAGAGUUGUGGAUUCAUAAUAUAUGUUUGACGAUCAAGAUCUGGGCUUCUUUGCCAAUUUCCUGGGAAUCUUCAUUUUCAUACUGGUGAUAGCCUACCACUUUGUGAUGGCUGACCCUAAAUUCGAAUAGAGAUGAGCUUCAAAUUCAACCAUUGUUAGGUUUCUUCUACAACACUAGUCUGAUAUGUCAGAAACUAUUAUGUCGUUCAUUGAACAUGUUUUUGCUGUUUUCAGUAAGGUUUUUGAUGUAUGUUGACAAUGUGGUUCUAGCUGGAGACAUCUCUCUUUUCUAUAAUUUGUAGUCUCAUAGACCAUGUCAAUUCAACAUAAAAAAAAGGCUUGUUUCUAGAGCAAUUUCCGGGUUUUAUA